CCAUUAGUGCAAGUCGUUCUCGCCGUGCUCUGAUAUUUAUCUGUGAAGAAGGUUUGCACGUGCACGAUUUGCAUUAUUCGUUUUUGCUACUUACGGCGUAAAUCGAAUUGGAUACCGUUUUUAGUAGGCGGUAAGCUCUUAACAAGUAUACGAUUGACUUUUAAACUCACCUCGUGUGACUAUUCUCUUACAUAUAAAAUAUUUAUCAACGUUUUAGAGGUGGUCAAAGUAAGGACAACAUGGUUAAAAAGCCAGAGAGUGAGAAGGCUACUGAAGGCAAAAAGCACAAGCCUAAAUGCCUUCCAGCAGGAAAAUACUGCCUUAUCAGUUGUGAUAUGGAUACAACUGGACGAAGGUUAAUAGAUGAAAUAUGCCAUAUAGCAGCAUACACUCCAAAUAGCCAAUUUUCCCAAUAUAUCAUGCCUUAUGCAAAUUUAAACCCAAGUGCUAGACGAAGACAUAAUAUUCGUGUUACAACUGAUGGCCGUUUUAGAGUUUUGAGAAGCAAUAUAAACAAUAAGGUUAUAAGAACAAAGUCAGAAAUAUCUGCGUUAAUAGAUUUUUUGAAUUGGCUUGAAGAAAUCAAGUCAAAGUCAGAUGGAGCAGGUGUAAUUCUCAUAUUCCAUGAACCUAAGAAAAUGGUAUCUUACAUGCUCUUAGAAGCUCUUCAACGUUACCAUUUACUUGGAAAGUUUCAUGAAAUUGUUAAGGGUUUUGCAAAUGGACAUGCAUUAGCAGAAGAGAAAUGUUCAACUACCAUGAAGUCUUUUAACCUUAAAGUUUUAUCCAGAGUCUUACUAGAUCGAGAAGAACAAUUCGAUAAUGCAUCAAAUAGAGCAAAAAUUAUUUGGGAAAUAGCUCAACAUCUUGGUCAAGGUGAACAAAAGAACUUAGCAGCUGGUACUGGAGAUCCAAAUCGUGUAAUAUUAGACAACAUGGUAGAAGUAGUUCGCCAGUAUUCGCAUCCUACUUCUGUAGAAUUAGGUGAACUAAAAGAACUGCGCAAAGUUGCUGAAAGAAGCAGUUCAUUCCAGCCAAUAUUUAGUGCAGCUAGCAAAAUGAAUUAUCGGGAUAUUCAGCACAUAAAUGUUUUAAGAUCAAUAUUGGCUGAAGGCAAAUCUGAUUAUAAUACCAUGAAAAGUACAUAUGAAACAGAUGGAAAACAAGGCCUAAUAAAUGAAUUGGCCAAAUUGCAAAUUACAAGGAAAGAUCAACAACAUGAUUUAUUAGAGAUAUUGGACUCACAUUUUGAUCCAAAACGUACUGCCACAUUCCCCAAUACAAAAACGCCAAAAAAACCUAAAAAUAGGAAAUUAAAUAAGACUGUUAGCAGUGAUGAUAGCGGAGCUGUGUCUCCUGAUACAACUACAACAACUUCUCCUUUAAAGAAUGCUGCAGAUAAAACUGUGAAGACUAAUUAAUUUUAAUGCCAGAUAAACUUGAUUUUUGAUAUACAUAUGUUGGUAUGUAGUUAUGAAUUUAAUAUACUUUAAUUAAACCCAUUCCAAAAAUCAUAAUUCAUAUUUUUUAAAUUUGAUUUAAGAAAUCUUAAUGUGUAACUUUAUUUUGUUUUUAUUUAGAGCUGUAAAGUU